GGUGAACGUCGUGCGGCUGACCAUAUUUCUCAUAUACACGUGGUAAGGAAAUUACAGCUAAAAUCAAACAUUGAUAGAGGAGGAGUAUUCCAAACAGUGGUUUUGGGAAGACAUGAAAUCCAGGAACCUUUUUACCUCUCGAAAAUACAGGAGAAUAUGUUUGACUUUGGAUUUCAGUGGAGACAUGAUGAAAGGAAUUACAGAAAUAUCCCUACAUCCCAUAACCAAAAUGUCACUGAUAGAAGAAGUCAACAUGGUGGAAGGGAUGCGGGAAACAACCAUAUUGGAAAUAGACUUGUGUUAAGCCUUCAGGAUGAACUGCAUAUGUUUAAAAGUAAACAGAAAAUUGAUGAUUUUAAUAAAGCUAAGAAGAGUAUCAGCAGUACUUCCUCAUUUUCACCAGUUGAAGGAAUUUCUCCUCCUGUCCAAACCAACAUUUCUAAUAUAUAUUUUAUGCAUCCUUCAAUACUGACACAAGACCAGAGCCCACACAGGGAAAUACCUUACAAUGAGUAUGGCAAAAUGUUUCGUCAGGGCUCAAAUCUCAGGAGUCAUCAGAGAAUCCAUAUAGGAGAGAAAUUACAUAAAUGUGAUGUAUGUGACAAGGUCUUUAGCCGAAAUUCAGAUCUUGUAAUUCAUCAAAGAAUUCAUACUGGAGAGAAACCUUACAAAUGUAAUGAGUGUGGCAAGGUCUUUAGUACAAAAGGAAAGCUUUCAGUUCAUCAGAGAAUUCAUACUGGAGAAAAACCUUACAAAUGUAAUGAGUGUGGUAAAACCUUUAAUCAGAGCUCAAUCCUCACUCGACAUCGGAUAAUCCAUACAGGAGAGAAAUUACAUAAAUGUGAUGUGUGUGACAAGGUCUUUAGUCAAAAUUCAGACCUUGUAAUUCAUCAAAGGGUUCAUACUGGAGAGAAACCUUAUGAAUGUAACGAGUGUGGCAAGGUCUUUAGUCAGAAAAGAAAGCUUUCAGUUCAUCAGAGAAUUCAUACUGGAGAGAAACCUUACAAGUGUAAUGACUGUGGUAAAACCUUUAAUCAGAGCUCAACCCUCACUCGACAUCGGAUAAUCCAUACAGGAGAGAAAUUACAUAAAUGUGAUGUGUGUGCCAAGGUCUUUAGUCAAAAUCCAGACCUUGUAACUCAUCAGAGAAUUCAUACUGUGGAGAACGUAGUGUCUGUGGGAAAAUCUUUCUUUCUUCCUCAGGCAUCAGUAGGCAUGACAUAAU